AUGUGGAGAAUUCUGCUCACCGCGUGGGCACUAUCCUCAUCCGUCAAUGCCAAAUUCAUCAAUCUGGCGUCGCCUCCAUCCGACCUACCAUCCAAAAUCACAACUAUUCCAACAAGACUGAAUACCAGAGUAGUUCGAAAUGUUGGCGAUAAAAUGCAGGGAUCUACGGGCCUCUUGUUUUAUGGAGCUCUGGAAGGAAUCGUGUCUAUAGGCACCCCACUUCAGAAUUUCGCCGUUAUUCUUGAUACGGGCUCACAAGAACUAUGGGUCCGCAGCUCCAAAUGCACGUCCGGCAGCGCAUGCACCGCCGGCUCAGCUGCCUUCUCCACAUCUGCAUCAUCAACAUGGGAGCAAACAGGAACCAACAUCGAGUACGGUCCGUACGGCGACGGCCUGGACGCAUACGGACGAUCAGGAUUCGAUACAGUUAAACUGGCUGGCAUAACGGUUACGCAUCAGAAUAUGGGAGCAGUAGAUAAGAUAGCAAUUGGAAGUGCUUCGUUGGGUGCUGAUGGUAUUAUGGGUAUACCAGCUGCUAAUUUGAAUAAUAAGACAUUUGACAACCAAUAUGUUCCCGGAAACAUGUACAAUCAGGGGUUAUUGGAUUCACCCAUCUGGGCUUUCUGGUACAACAAUUCAAACCCAAUCCUCGGCGUAUCGUACAUGGACGGCGAGUUAAGUCUCGGCGGCAUAGACCCUAAUCUCUACACCGGAACCAUACAAUACGUGCCAUUGCUAUGGGAUGUAGGGUCCAUCCCUGAUCUAUAUAUUUAUCUGUCUGCUUACUGGUUUGUAUCAUUAACAAGCAUCAAAGUCGGCUCUGGAAGCAACCUGAUAACCGCCAAGAACGCACCUGCUUCGGCCGGCCAAGUAUCUGUUUCAGGAUGGGUUGUUAAUAAGGAUGGAGAGUUGCCAAUGUUGGUUGAUACUGGAACAACCCUCACAAUCCUACCAACCGGCGUCGUAUCCGCUAUUGCAUCCGCCCUGCAAGGCGUGGCCCUCCCACCCGCAACUGCAGGCGGCACGGGUCUCUACGGCCCCAACUGUGACGCACUCCCUGUCUCCGAGUAUCCGACAAUCACAUUCACGAUGGGCGGCAAAGUCCUGUCCUUCCCACCUGCACAAUAUGUUAUUCCUGAUUCGACUGGUAAUUUAUGUAGCGGGAUGUAUCUGUUUCAGGGAAAUGACAAUGGGCCGCUCGGUGGUGGAAUAUUUGGAGCGUUGAGUCAAUCUGGGUUUUACAAUAUCUUUGACUGGGGCGGACGACAAAUUGGAUUUGCGGCUACAUCGCUGACAGGAAGUGGGUCUGGAUUAUCAAACACAGGCCCAACACCCAACAGCACCCCGCAAUCAACACCACCAACAACAACAGACUCAGCACCCGACCAAACUGACGCCUCCGAACUCUCCCCCACCCAUUCAACAACCCCCACCGACACAUCCGUAACGCCCACAGACGCCGUCGUCCCAACAGACGACACAGCCGUCACACCCACCGACGCCCCCACAUCCCCAAAGUCCAAACACAGCACACCGACGCCCCAGCCAUGGACGCUAACCAACCUAGAAAUCGUGCGGCCGUACUCUUAUGAUGUGUCGUAUGACGCAUCGGUAGUUGACACAUCAUCAUCAGCAAUCCGUAUAUACCAUAAUCAUAUUAUGUUGGCACUAGUAGUAGUAAUAGCCGUGUUAUUCUAA